UCUUUUCGCCAUUCUUCCAGGACUUCCACCAUAAGAAAAGGAGCCCCUGGACCAACAUCCUCUAAGAUGUUUAUAUGGACCAGUGGCCGGACCUCUUCAUCUUACAGACAUGAUGAGAAAAGAAACAUUUACCAAAAAAUCAGGGACCAUGACCUCCUGGACAAAAGGAAAACUGUCACAGCACUGAAAGCAGGAGAGGACCGGGCCAUUCUCCUGGGACUGGCCAUGAUGGUGUGCUCCAUCAUGAUGUACUUUCUGCUGGGAAUCACACUCCUGCGCUCAUACAUGCAGAGUGUGUGGACCGAGGAGGCUCAGUGCACCUUGCUGAAUGCAUCCAUCACGGAAACAUUUAACUGCUCCUUCAGCUGUGGUCCGGACUGCUGGAAACUCUCUCAGUACCCCUGUCUCCAGGUGUACGUUAACCUGACUUCUUCUGGAGAGAAGCUCCUUCUCUACCACACGGAAGAGACAAUGAAAAUCAAUCAGAAGUGCUCCUAUAUACCUAAGUGUGGAAAAAAUUUUGAAGAAUCCAUGUCCCUGGUGAAUGUUGUCAUGGAAAACUUCAGAAAGUACCAACACUUCUCCUGCUAUUCUGACCCGGAAGGAAACCAGAAGAGUGUCAUCCUAACCAAACUCUACAGUUCCAACGUGCUGUUCCAUUCACUCUUUUGGCCAACGUGUAUGAUGGCUGGGGGUGUGGCUAUCGUUGCCAUGGUGAAACUCACACAGUACCUCUCCCUGCUCUGUGAGAGGAUUCAACAGAUCAAUAGAUAAAAGCAAAGUGGAUGAGAUCAUUUUCUUUAAAGCUCAAAUACUGUUUUCUUUCAUUCUUCACCAAAGAACCUUAAGUUUGUAAUGUGCAGUCUGUUAUGAGUUCCUUAAUAUAUUCUUAUACGUAGAGCAAUAAUGCAAAAGCUGUUCUAUAUGCAAACAUGAUGUCUUUAUUAUUCAGGAGAAGAAAUAACUGUUUUUUGUUGGUUGGGUUUUUUUCAUAAUCUUGGUUCAAUGCUGGAACUAGUACUUCCUUCUCUCCUUCCGCCAAAGUUGGGCUCAGUUAUUCAUUUGCCAAGCUUCGUGGAGGAAUAUAGACAAUAUCAAUGUGAUAAGGUCUGUGCUCAGAGUUGUCAGAUCUCUUGAAGAUAUUUCUGCAAUAUUUUUCAUCAUUCAUUGUUUACUAAAGCUACAGCCAAAAAUAUUUUUUUUCCUUACUCUAAACUGAGCCCUGUAGCAAGUGAAGGUACCAGAUUUCCUUUAGGACUUUAUGCAUUUUCCUUGUAUUUCUACCAUAUCACUGUAGAGAAGGGGGGAAACCCAGCCAGCUAUUUUCCUUUUAUUACUUUAUACUCAUAACUUUAGAUUUUUUAACUGAUUUCCAAAAAAUAAGCUGUUUUCCUUAACCAAUUCUAUAAUCUCUUCCUGUGCUUUAAAUAGAAAGUGAACAGAGCCCUUUUCCAUGUAAGACCCUGCUACUGUGUGAGGAGAUAACAUUUACAAGGAGUUUCAUUACCUGUGAACUGACAAUGUUGAAUAGAUGCUCCAUUACAAUCUGGGAAAGUCUAUGUUACUAA